GAUGAUUGUGAAUCUCAGUUGUGUUUGAGUAUGAUGAGUAUCGAAAGUUGAGUGAAUUCGUGUUUAUUUCGGUGAUGUUGUUAAAGUGCUAGUGUUGUGAAGUGAUGGAUGCCCCAUCAAGUGGGGGAAGAGAUUCCCGGUUUAGCAUGGGCUACAAUAUGUCAUUGCUAAGUGGUGAAACAGCACCUGAAAUUUAUACGAGUUCAGUGCACAGUAGACCUUCAACCUCAAUAACCUCAGGAUUGUCUAGGUCUUCUUUAUCGUUAUCUAGUGGUUGUAGUGCGGGUUUACAAAGAGGAAUUAAAAGAACGUCUUCUGACGUGUGUUUUGAUCCCGAUGUGUCGAGUGGUAGAUCGGGCAUGUCUGGAAUGACAGGUGAUUGUGGUUCGGAUAUAGUUGACGACCAUGGAUUUUCCUCUGCUCCCCAAAAGGGUUCACCGCCGUCUAAUGGCAAAAAGACAAAAGGACGUGUUAAAAUUAAAAUGGAAUAUAUAGAUAACAAAUUGAGGAGAUAUACAACUUUUUCUAAAAGAAAAACUGGAAUAAUGAAAAAGGCGUACGAGCUGUCUACUCUGACAGGCACCCAGGUGAUGCUACUGGUGGCCUCGGAGACAGGACACGUGUACACCUUCGCCACACGCAAGCUGCAGCCUAUGAUCACCUCCGAGGCUGGCAAGGCUCUGAUCCAGACCUGCCUCAACUCUCCGGACCCUUGUCCUUCAGGAGGCUCCGGGGACCAACGCAUGUCCGCCACCGGCUUCGAGGAGACCGAGCUCUCGUACAACAUCGGCGACGAGGAACAGAAAGAGGAGAUGUCCGAAGGUCCGGCCAGUGGGGGAGACUCGUCCAGCUGUGGAUCGCCAGAACCCCCAGGGAUGACGCACCAAAGUCUAGGUAGAGAGUCGCCUCCGCCCGCCGUACCUAUCGCCCAUCAGAAUGCCAGGAUACCAUCCACAUCUCUAGGUGUAAGUGCCGGUUUCCCAGUGAUGUACCCCCAGGCAGGUACCGGGGUCGUCUACGCUAGUCCUGCUCCAGGGAUGCCCAACGGGGGAGUCAUCUUCAGUCUGGGGGGUGACGCAGCGGGCCGUGGAGGUCAGUUCAUCAUCCCUCUCCCCCUAGGAGGUCUACAAGCCCCCCCUACCCAGGCUGCUGCUGCCGAUCUGUCCAAGCACAAGAAGUGACAGACCCCUAACUUAGCUUCUGUUUUGGUUUCUGUUAUCGCCUUAAGUUAUCAUUCCAUUUUUGGAAGUUAAUAUUGAUUCAGCUUUAUUUUACUGGUUUAUAGGAUUUUUAUGCUCAGGAUAACUUUUAACAUUACAGAGUAUCGUGGUGUGUUUCAAACGGGUCAAACUAUCCAAUAGAAACGGAAUGGAAGUGAAUAGAUUUUGCAACUUGAGACUAUUGUCAAUCUAAUACUUAUGCAGAGGAGGUAGAAUUUGACAAGCAUUUUAUUCCUACAUUUACAAAAUAGGUACGGUAGUCUAAAUUUUAAAAUUAAAAUUACCGAUCCUGAAAGGACUGUUGUUAUACUAAAAUAGUACAAUUUUAACUGUCUACAAGAGGUUAAGUGGUUUCAAUAGCUAUUUGCGUAUUAAGAGCGCAAAGUACGUCAUUUCCGCUGGAGAACUAUAGAUGGCCGACGAAGCUUUAGCUGAGUGUGCCAUACAUUUCAAGAGCGGCAAUGACUGUUUGUGCUCGUAAUACACACAAUAAUAAUUAACUUAUCAUAAGACACAGACUAACUUUUUUGUUUAAAAAGUCAUUCACUGUUUACAGGUGUGGCAAUGUCAUCAUUUCCAUGAAGUAGUAGGACAAACAUUAGUUUAUCAAUGUAAUUCUCAUUUGGUCUACUUGGAUUGGCGAGGUAACUUAAUAUCUUGUAUAUACUAUAAAAUAGGAAAAUAUUUGACAUACUGUUACAGGUUUGGCAAUGUCAUCAUUUCCCUGCAGUGGUAGGACAAACAUUAGCUUAAACAAGUAAUCCUCAUGUCGGCUACCUUGGAUAGGAUAGGUAACUUAACCUCUUGUAGAUGAUUUAUGGUGAAGUAAUCUGAAAGGCAAUACACAAAAUUAACAUUUCAUUUAAGAGCAUUCUAAAGAUUUAUUUUGAUUCAAUUCGGUUUGAUACGAGUGGUCCAAAAGUUCACAAAUGUCUAUUAUGUAUUAUGUAUGUUUAAAAUGUUAAAUGAAAUGGUGUUUAUUUAUUCUAAUUGAUUUAAACAUAGGCCUAUGUGACAUUUGAUCCAAACAAAUCCUAGAAAACACUUAAUAUUGGAUGGCCGAAUCAAACAUUGAUAUUGCUUUUUGAAGAAAAAUGGAUGCUCAUUGUAUAUAUGCCAACAUUCAGAGAGGAAGACAGUUUAUGGAACAUUUAUUGUAGUCAGAUGUUUGGCUUUGCAUAUGUUGGAUAGUUUGGAUCUGUUAGAAACAUCUAACCUGAAAUGCUGCAUUGGACAUGAUGAGACAGGGCUGUUGUGUAGAAUAUAUUUUGUGAACACUUGGUAAAAUAACCAAUUAUAAAUCGGGGUUUUAUGAAUAUUUCAUUUGAUCACAAAUUUAAACAUGGUCCCUAAAAGCAUUAAAAAAUUAAAUCAUCAUUUUGCGAUCAUGCAAUCUUUGUAUGUGAUAUUUCGCAGCUACUGUAUUGUAUACUUUUCUAAGACUAUAUAAAAUAUUAGUUUUAUUUAAUAUCCAAAUACUUUUUCUAGAGUAAUUGCAGAAGUGCAGCUUUUAAAUUUUAUUCUUUUUUGUUUUUUAAGCUGUUUUAUGUACCGUAUUUCAUCAGCAUAAAACUUUUUUCCAGGUUUUUUUCUCUUUCUUCUAUAGUAUACAACUAUUUACCCUUUUAAGGACAUUUUAUAGACUUUGACUGGUGUAAUUAUUGUUGUGUGCAGGAAUGUUUUUUAAUUGGAAGUUUCAAGUUGAGUAACAGAUGCAUAAAAUAGCUACCCAUUCUAGAUUUGUAACUAUACUCCAAUAAAAAAAAAACUUUAUUUCAUCAAGUAUUUUUUACAUUUAGAAUGAAAAUUUGAAUGUUUAGUUUUUGAGAGGUCUCUAUUAAAUACCCACUGCCGCAGCAAACCUGCAGGCUAAGUGAAUUUUCAUCUUCCUGAUUAGAUUCACACUAAAAUGCCUCCUAAAAAAUAUCUAAUUUAUUCCCUAUUUAAAUAGAAUUAGUUAAACGAGUACUUAGGUUUGCUGCAACAGGGAGGGUAAUAAAGUGUAUUUGUUGUAAAAUCUAAAUAGUUAGAAAUAGUAAGAAAUGAAUGUAUUUUCCAAAUUCGAUCAAAAUAUGUUCAUAAACAAGCAAACUAGGCUACAACAGUUGACUUAUUCUCCAUAAGAAUAACAUGGAAAUUUUAAAUUUAAAAUUUUUUGAAAUUUUCUCCGUAACCAUUAGGUGCACAAUAAAGCUUAAAUACUAAAUUAUUUGUUUUUUUAAGCUCUACAAAAUGGUUUGGAAAUAAAUUGUGAAAUUUUGUGUUUUUAGGGUCAAAAAUGGGAAAAAACUAUUUUUACCCCAUAAAACCCCCGUUCCCAUAGUCUGAUCAUGCUGGCUCCCGAACUCGUUCGAAUAAAUGUAGGCUUACAUGUUUAUACCAAAUUUCAUCAAAAUCGGAUCAUUUUUGCUCGAGUUAUCGUGCUAACGGACACAUACAUACAGGGUGGUAAUAAAGUCCGAAGACAGUUAAAUAUUUUUGAAACGACAACAGAUAAAUCAAAAAGAUUUGGUACGUCAACACAACACCUAACAAUCUACUUUUUUAGGAAAUAUCAAUUUUCUGUCAUAUCAUGGGGACGUCCCACAAGGAGUCAGGAGGAAAUCUUAAAUAGAAGCAGAGGUUGACAUGUACAUCAAAUUAAAGGUCUUUACUAGCAGAAUAUACUGCCGCAAAUUUGAACUCAAACGGACAACCGAGCCAAUAAUGACAGUUGUUCAAAGAUUCAUUUAAUUUGCAUUGCUAUUAUACGCAUACUCCUCAGGGGGCACAGCCCCCUAGGAAUCGGAAGAAAAUUGUUAACGUAAGCAUAGGUCAAUAUGCACAUCAAAUUAAAGGUCUUCACUAGUAGAUUACAAUGCUGUAAAUUCAAGCUCAAAAGAACGCCUGAGUAAAAAAUGACAGUCGUUCAAAGCCACAAAAUGGUAGAUUUAAGAAAAAAAUUUUGAUUGGCUGUCAUUUUGCACAGGAUCAACCUUUUUAAGUGUGGUUUGCAGCAUUGUAUUCUACUAAAAAAUACCUUUCAUUUGAUGUGCGUAUUGACCUAUGCUUCCAUUUAAGAUUUUCGACCGACUCCUUGUGGGCCCUGAAGAGUUAUUGGAUCAUUGAAUAUGUGUUAAAAUAAAGUUUUAUGCUCUUUAACUUUGUACCAAGUAUUGUAGCUCUAUCUACAUUAUUUUUAUAUUUAACUGUUUUUGGCCUCUAGGGACCUCAAAACGAAAAAGUAAAUCGGUCCAGGGUCUAGGUCUUACUAUGAGUACUACGGUAAUAGCUUAUUCCCUAUAUGGGAAAUUCGCUAAAAGACCACUUUAGUAGACACUAAGACAACAGAGAAAAACAAAGAUGUACCAAUUUGAAAAAGAAGCAUUAAUGAGCAUUGGAAAGGGGUUGAUUGAACUGGGGGGACGAUCUGAUUUGGAUAAUAUACUGUUUUUUGUUUGUUUUUGUAUUAUACAAUUCAAUUAGUAAAUUCUACUAAAGGUUUUUUGCAACUUGAAUUUUCCCUGUUGACUAAAAGAGAAAUCCACAUACUUUUAAUACUUUUAACUGAAAUGGCGACCAUAUGAAGAAAAGUAUUUUAAGCUUAGUAAAAUGGAGAAUGGAGAUUAGUGGCGCGGUCUUGUAGUAUUGUUACUGACUAAGUAGUAUAUUUUCUUUAGACAGGACUGUUAAUUAUUAGCCCAUACAGUCAAUGGCAACUAAGGGACCUACAGUUUAUAGUAGAAACCUAACCACAUUUAUGCCAUGUAAUUUACAGAUUGUUCUAAUUACCAGGAUAGUACUGCGGAUAGUCAUAGUACUCACUAGUGUGGACGUUAAUCCACACCAGGGAGUAUUGCAUCCUCAGAUUAUGCCUAUAAAUAUUCACAAUUUGUGGCAUCCAAGUAGCUGUAUGUGUAUAUUAUAUAAGGAGGAUCUUUUAAUACUGUAGCAGCAUUUUGUAUUAGACCAGAACACAAAUUAUAUUGCAAAUCACAAGUCAAAAGCCGUCUAGGGCGAAAAUCGUGAGUCAGGGGCUCAGUUGGUAGCAGACUGUGACACCAAGCCGCAAGGCUUGGAUCUUAUCCCAGUGCUGUCCCUAACGAUUUAGCACUAUAGUUCAUACAGGUACUGUACCUUGCUUUCCUAUGAUCCACACAACCAUGUAGAUGGGCAAAUAAAUAGGUUUUUUCAUCGUCCUAGGGUGCUAGGCACGAGCCCGGGAUUGUUUUUCACAUUACUUUAGGCUAGACCUAGAGGUUGUGGCAUUAUAAAAUAAAAUUCAUUGGUGAUUUGGCGGGAUUCAAACACGAACAAAGUCCCGCGCUCUACCGUUAAACCAGCAAUAAAUAGUUUAAAGCUAACUUAGAAAAACUACCUUUUUAAAAGGUCAAGAUUAAUUGUUUUUAUGUGUAACUCUGAGUUUGUUACUUCACAAUAAAACCUUUCUUUAAAUUAUCGUAAGUUCGUAAAAACACUACCUUGACUAGGCAAACUUCAUGUUAAGACAUGAGUAAGUUUUCAGUAAUUUUCAACACAGUAUAUAUUUUUCUCUUCUAAGAUUUCACAGUGUUUCCAAGAUAUAUUGCGACACUAAUCUUAGAAAGACUCUUGGCAAGCAAUCCACCUCUUGCUGUAUAAGAAUUAGCCAAUGUGAGCUGUUCGCCAAUAGAAGUGCAUUUAAAUUUGAUAUAAUACUCUGCCUGUUCGGUUUUCCUUAUACAUUCAAUUAAAUGUUUAGAAGUUUCUCUUAUUUUAACACCAAUCUGCGGUUAUGAAAAAGUUAAUCUUAAUUUUAGGGUAAUUACUCUUUUAUUUAAUUUAUAGUGACUUAUUGAAUAUCUUUGUUUUAAACUGAGGUUUGUAUGAGUACGUUUAGGCAUAAUACACAAAAUACAAUGACAUGUAUCUCUCUUUAUCUGAAAGUAAAAAUGCACCGUAUUGAUGUAUUUCAUGAAAUAAAAAUUUUCUUUACUUUUUCCAACACAAAAUGAAAACUUUUUAUGCAUCUGUUACUUGACUAAGUAUUGUUACCAUCAUAGAAGAGGUGCUUAAAUUAUAACACUAAAAGGAGUGUGUUUUGUGAUGAUUGUAAGUUAAUAUUUUGUACUGAUCAUUGUUUUAAAAUGUCGAGCUAGUCCUUAAGUUUUUUAUUCUAAUGCUUACGAUCUAAUACAAGUGUUAUAUUUUUAUGGCGAUAAUAUAGUUUUGUUGAUAGAUUGUAUAGUUUUUAAAAGUAAUCCUGUUUUUGAUUAACUCUAUAUUUAAUAUUCUCGUGUAUAUAUCACCCGACUAUUGUUGUUAGACUAUGCUGUUGUCUUUUCCAAGGUGCCAUUAUUAACUAAUUGAUUUUGUAUUAUUUAUUAAAUAAAUAGUUUUCUGUA